AUGGCGAAGCUCCGCGGGGAGCGGGGACACGGGGGCGACGGGGGCGGCGGCGGCGGCGGCCUGUCGGACCCCCCGGACCCCGGCGGCCCGGACCCCGCCUCCGCCUCGGACGAGCUGAGCCCCCCGGGCUCCCCCCCGGACUCCGAGCCCAACGGCUUCGCCCAGCGCCGCAUCGACAAGUUCGGCUUCAUCGUGGGCGCCCAGGGAGACCAGGCCAAGCUGGAGGAAGUCCCACUGGAGGUGCUCAGGCAGAGAGAGGCCAAGUGGUUGGACAUGCUCAACAGCUGGGACAAGUGGAUGGCCAAGAAGCACAAAAAGAUCCGGCUGCGGUGCCAGAAGGGGAUUCCCCCGUCUUUGCGGGGCCGGGCCUGGCAGUACCUCUCCGGGGGCAAGGUCAAGCUGGAGCAGCACGCGGGCAAGUUCGAUGAUCUGGACACCUCCCCGGGGGACCCAAAGUGGCUGGACGUGAUCGAGCGCGACCUACACCGGCAGUUCCCUUUCCACGAGAUGUUUGUGUCCCGGGGCGGCCAUGGCCAGCAAGACCUGUUCCGGGUGCUGAAGGCCUACACCCUCUUCCGCCCCGAGGAGGGCUACUGCCAGGCCCAGGCCCCCAUCGCCGCCGUCCUGCUGAUGCACAUGCCCGCCGAGCAAGCCUUCUGGUGUCUGGUGCAGAUCUGUGAAAAAUACCUGCCCGGCUAUUACAGCGAGAAGCUGGAAGCCAUCCAGCUGGACGGGGAGAUCCUGUUCUCGCUGCUGCAGAAGGUGGCCCCGGUGGCCCACAAGCACCUGAGCAAGCAGAAGGUGGACCCCAUCCUCUACAUGACCGAGUGGUUCAUGUGCGCCUUCUCCCGCACCCUCCCCUGGAGCUCCGUGCUGCGCGUCUGGGACAUGUUCUUCUGCGAGGGUGUGAAGAUCCUGUUCCGGGUGGGGCUGGUUCUGCUGAAGCAGACGCUGGGCUCGUCCGAAAAGCUCAAGGCCUGCCAGGGCCAGUACGAGACCAUGGAGCGGCUGAGGACCCUCAACCCCAAGAUCAUGCAGGAGGCCUUCCUGGUUCAGGAGGUGGUGGAGCUGCCCGUGUCGGAGCAGCAGAUCGAACGCGAGCACCUGAUCCAGCUGCGCAGGUGGAAGGAGACGCGGGGCGAGCUGCAGUGCCGCUCCCCGCCGCGGCUGCACGGCGCCAAGGCCAUCAGCGAGGCCGAGCCCGCCCUCGGCCGGGCCCUGGCCCCCGUCCCCUCCAUCCGCCUGCCCCCGCCCGGCCAGCCGCCCGCCGCCGGCCCCAAGAGCAAGCUGCAGCGCCAGGCGGAGAAGGAGCGGGAGAAGCAGCGGCAGAAGGAGGAGAAGCAGCGGCAGAAGGAGGAGAAGCAGAGGAAGAAGCAGGGGAAGGGCAGCCUGGCGGGCGGGGCCCCCCAGGAUGCCCGAGACCCACCCCAGACCCCCGCGGCCGAGGCGCCCAGAGCCGCCGGCGACGCCAUCCUGGACUCUCCCCGCCGCCACCGGUCCGAGGAGAGUCUGAACUCGCAGGGGAGCGAAGACACCUACUUGUAACCGGGCGGUCGGGGGGCGAGGCGGGGGAAG